CCACGGUUACGCACACGGACACACGCACACGGACACAGACACACACACACUGGGCGUUGCCCGCCCACUAUAAAUACUUGAAUAAACUUCCACAGUGGCUCUUCGCUCCUCUCUGAAUCUGUAGCCGCAGCCUCUGCCUGUAGUUGGUGCUCUGCACAUAUUUUUGCAGCCAUGACUGAUAUGGAGAUUGGCAUGGAGACUUUAAUUAAAGUUUUCCACCGCUACGCCACGAAAGACGGGAAUGGGAAAUCGUUAAACAAGAAAGGACUAAGAACUCUACUGGAGAAUGAAGUUCCCACCUUCCUAAAAUCCCAGGAUGACCCGAAUAUUGUGGACAGAAUUAUGAAAGAUUUGGACGAAGACAGAGUGGACAGGCUGAAGUUUGAACAGUUUUUUUCCUUCAUCGCCGGUCUGUCAAUCGCCUGUGAGAAGCUUUACGUUUGCAAGGAGCAGGUGAAGAAGUGAUCGGCACUCGGGAGAAAAUACUGACUUUUUUUUUUUCAUUUAGCAAAAUUAACGAAUAAAGUUUUGGUUUUUUUGACAAACUGUCA